CAUGUCAUCUUUUUCAUUGCAAACAGUUAUUAAAUGAACUGUUGUAAAUUGAGGACUACCUGCAAUGAUUUGCUUCUAAAAGGGGCAGAAUGGUAUAAAAGUUAUUCAAGCUACUCACAUUUUCAGAAGUAACAGGAUAAUAUAUUUUCCACAUAGAUAAGGAAUAGUGUAGUGAAAAUAAUUUGAUGUUUAGGUUUUCUUGAGUCCACAUGAUAACUGCUUUUAUCCAGGAGAAGUUUAGGUCAUUUACCUUUUAGAAACACAACGGAAGAACACAAUAGCUGGUCCCUAAGUACUCUAUAAAAUUAGGAUCUGCAGCUUCCAAAAAUCUCUCAGGACAGGGUUAACUUUCUAUUGCAUAGAAGCGCAUUUACGAUUCCUAAACAAAAACUCACUUUAAAUCAAACUGGAGAAAAUGAAAUUAUUUUUCAAUGAAAUUAUUUUUGAUUAUAAUCAAGGGCAUUAUAAAUUUUAAACCGUAGCUACAAUUCCAAAUUAGAACUUGGUGUAUGAGAGAGAAAGGUGGCAUAAGAUACCAACAUUCAUUAACAAUCAAUGGAAAAAACCUGCGUAAUAAUUUAUGUGUUACGUGUUGUCUCCUUCCAAUGGUGCAGAGACUUCUAUUGCUGCUUCUACCACUUCCAGGGGAUGGUUACCGCUAGUAUUGAAUGCCUCUUCACCAGUCAUUUGCUCUGCCCCACAAGUAGAAAAUGGUAACUUUUUGCCUCCGUGGACUCAUUACAACUUUGAAGACAUGAUCUACACAAUAUGUAACCCAGGAUAUAUGCUUGAAAGUCAUAAACAUUCCUCUAAAUGGACCAAAGAUGGCUGGUCACCAUAUCCAAAAUGUCUCAGAAAAGAGUGUGACUUUCCUCACAUAGAGAAUGGAGCACUAUCCUGGUCCAACACAUAUUACAGUGACGUCUCUUUUCCCAAAAAAGUGGGACAAAUAAUUGGUUUCAAAUGUAAUCAUGGUUUUCUGGCAAGAAAUAAAAAACAUUGGGAUAGAAUCAAAUGCACUAAUUUUGGCUGGGAUCCAGAACCACGAUGUUAUAAACAAUGCAUUCCCCCUAAACAGUUGCCACAUGGUCAUGUGACUUAUGACUCUGGGAGUAAUUUCAUAGAUGGUGACAACAUUUCAUUUAAUUGCGAUAUGGGGUAUUAUCCUGAACACCAUUCACCAAUAGCCACAUGCAGAAAUAGUGACUGGUUUCCCACUCUGAGCUGCGUCUCUACAGGUAAACAUCACUUAGCAAAACUAACAAUUUGGGAGUCCUUCCAUUUUGCAAGCAAAACAUCUUUUUCUUCUUCCACUAGAAUCUGAGGAGGGGUUUAUUGAAUUUUUAACAGAACUUACAGAAUGAAAAAGUGGUUCUCUUUUUGCAGAGAUCUGGAUUAAUUUAGGGCUUAUUCAAUGGUCAGAUCAAAAAAUAUUUAGUUGAAAAUAAGCAUGGUGGGGGAAAGAAAGAUCCUGACAGUUGAUAGGAAAACAAGUUGGGGAGAAAGCAUCCUCUGGAGACUGAAAAGGUUACUAGAAGAGAAAAGAGGUACAAUAUUGAUAGCCAAAUCUGGUCCUAGGUUCUGCCUCAGUUACCUUCCUAAUAAGCACCAAGUCAGAAGAUCAUUUAAAAUCAGUUUAUUAGGGAACCCUGAUAAAGUGGGAUCUCCCUAUGAAAAGGGAGAACCCGGGACCUAUCGUACUUGCCUUUGUAAAGUUAACCCAACAAAGAAAAUGCAAGAGGGAAGUUGAUCGGACAGCAUAAAAGUAACCCUCAUUUGCACAGUAAAUCAACUACAAGGUUGUUUGAAGUUAGAUAACCAGAUGCCAGUUGACACUAAGAAUUUUUUUCUUAUCAAGAAAAAGCCAUCCUUCUGUAGCUUAUCUUUUCAGUUUAGGAAUGUUAGGAGCUAUUCAAUCAAUCCAUACAUUCAUAGGAUCAGAAAUGCUACUACAUUCCAGUCUAAACCUUAUCACGUCAUUUUAAAAGACACAAGAGUAAGUCAAAUUAAAAUACAAAGUAAUUAUGUUUAAAAUAACAAGCGAAAUACAAUUAAAAGUAACUAUAUUGCUAACAAAUUACAAAGUCUGUGUCAUGUGCCCACCAGUAUUGAAUAAUAUAGAAUAAUAAUAAAGUAGGACAUAGAAAUUAUUCCAAAUUUGUUAAUUGUUUUCAUUUUCAUUCAGCAAUAUCUGCUUUUUCAGCAUUCUUGUUCCUUAUUUCGCUAUUUCUGUUUUCAAAAGAGAAGGAAGUUUUACCAUGGUGUUAUUUCUUUCUCUCCCAGUUCACAGAUAUAAAGGGCAAUAACUAGCUAGAACUAUUCUUACUGAAUCUAAGUUUCAACGUGUCUGUUCCCAAAUCAUCGUGUAUGCAUUGUUUAUUUUACAGAUAUUCAUCCAUCAACUGGGUGAAAGACCGUUCAUCCACUCUCCUCUUUCUUCUCCAACCACUCUAGAAGAAUGACAGGUAGCAGCCUGCUCUUUCUAAUCCUAUUAGCAUGAUUUUGAUAGCUUAUUACAUAGAUGCCAUAGGCAGAAUCCUACUGGAGAAAGAUUCAACUUUAAAAGCUAAAUAACCCCUGUAUAAUAAACUCAAGGCAAUCCAUGGUUUAUAAAUCUGAGAUAUACAGCACAGAAGUCACAACUUGCAAAAAAUAGUUCUAAGAUGCACCGAUUCUUUGUAUCAUCAAUUUGUAUCUUUAUUUACUGCUUUCUCUAUGUUUGAAUAAUAACUGAAUUCACUAAACUACUUUCAAAUGCAUUAAAUCAUCUUUAUUUUGUGCUCUUUUGGUUACAUAAAGAAAUAACCAGCUUUGGGUCUUAGAUUUUUAUCAAUGGACCAACAUAUUUAUAAUGGCUUUUUCUAGUUAAUGAAUCCCCUGGAAGUUUUAUUAAAUGUUCUCUAUCAAUAUAUGUAUUUCUCUUCUGUAAUUAUAGAUGACAUCAUCUAGAUAUAAGGUACUUGCUGUUAUUCCUGUUAAGCACGUGGGAGCACUCUGCCAAAUAUUCAAGCAUAUACCACUUGAAAUAAUGCUGCACUCCAAGCACAAUUUUAUUUGUAAAAUAAAACCAGGACUCUGUAGUAUCCCUGUAGUGAAAGUUUGUAUUCCAUUCUCAACCGAAAGAUGACUUUACAAAAGCUGAAUUACAGAAUAGUGCAACCGAUGCCAUUUUCCCCACCUCUACAGAUUCAUAUAGAUGAAGAAGAAGGUUUUCGUAGGUGAACUUUACCAGCAAUUAAAUAAUACUGGUAUACAGAUUCUCAUGUGUUUUUAUAUUAUAUGUAUUUAUAUAUACAGACACACAUUGUUAAUUUGUCCUGUGAGGAACAGAUAUAUUUCUGAAAUAAAUAUGUUAAAAACAGCAGCAAGCAUUAUUUACCAUUUUGAGGAUUUAAGCAUCUUAUAAAUUAAAGCUUUCUAUAGCGAAAUCUACUUAUAGCAGAAAAACCAGCUAAUUGAUUGUUUUAUGGUGGAAAUCGUCCUCUGCCUGCAGACACAUUGGCUUGCCAGUGGAUGGUGUGUUUAACUAAUAGUACUUUUGUUGUUGUUAUUGUUGUUCUAAUAUCUCAGGUGUCUUUGAAGCUCAAAAUGCUACUGGUCCACAGCAUUAACAAAUGUUGUAACUAAACCUUGCCAUUGGUUAUAUUUAGUAGAUUUAAUAUUAAGUUAAUAGACUGAGAAGAUCUCCCUUCCAUCUCAUUGUAUUGCUUCCUAUUUUACCCAGUCUUUGUUAACUAGCUCUUGUUUUCAAUAUUUUAACAUUUUAAUAGUGAUAUUACUGUUUUUAUGAUGAUUAAGCCACCUAGAGUUGCUUGACAGUGAUAUGCAGUGAGAUACAAAUUUAAUAAGUAAACACAUUUUUUUUUAAAAAAGUCUCUUAGUAUAAAGUAUGAUAAAAAAAUAAUAAUAACCACCCUCUAUCAAUUGGUUCAAAGUCAGUAUCUUUCCACCUUCACUCAAUUGAGUGUUUUUAUUAGAUAUUCCAUCCCAGGACUUUCUGAGUGACAGAAUUGCUUCCAGAGGUCUCAGAGUAUUAGUACAGCAGCCCCCAAACAUUUGGGCACCAGGGACCGGUUCUGUGGACCAGAGUGGGAGGGAUUUUGCAUGCUCCCUGCAUCCACGGAUGGGGACUUGCUUGUUUGAACAGCCCAAUUUCUGGCAUGCCACGCCAGUACAUGAAUGGAUGGGUUGGGGACCUCUGUUUUAGUAUAUGUAGAUCUUAACAGGAGAAAAUAGGCAUCAUUAGGUUCGUUUUCAGGCUAUACUCAACCAAUAUUGAAAACAGAAAUGUUUUAGUAAUAAACACAACAUAUGUUAGCCAGAUAACAUUAUGGGAAAAGUUGGUUUUCCUGACAUUUGUUGACGAUAUACUUACUCGGGAGCAAUUCCUUCCAGCUUCUUUGUAGGUAACGCAAGAAUAGAUGCUAAAUGGUUGAAAAUUUCAAUAAUAAUUGAAAUUUUACAAUAAUUUUGCCUCUGGUCAUAUUCUGUUAAACACAGAGAAUAUCCAGCUACUGAUCACUAACAAAGAAUAUGAGUUCCACAUCACAUUUUGUCUCCUACAUUACAAUCACUUCAGAAAAGGCUUUUGGUUUUCCUUUCUGCACUUUAAAAUUAGGAUUUAUUUCUAUAUCUUUUCCUUUGGGAUUCAGACUUUCCCUGUGUUUAUGGAUUUUUACUUUCCUGUCAAAGGGAUGGUUAAGGACUAACAUUUGAGUUUAGCAGGUGUUCAGAAGACAGCAUGCAAUCAUCUUGUUGCACCAUUUUGGCAUCACUUGCAUGCAUAAUUUCUUGGGAUUUCAUCACUGUUCUGCUCUGGGAAGAAAGUUAGCAAUAGCAAUAGCAGUUAGACUUAUAUACCGCUUCAUAGGGCUUUCAUAGUUCCCUAUGUCUGUGGUAAGCACUCAUGGCAUGGACCCAAACGCAGGAAGAAACUCUGGGAUGAGAUUCAAGGUGGAAUUUCAUGAGUAGAAAUGAUCUCCUUGGUCCUCUUUUUUGAAAUUAGGUGCCCAGGGAGAAAAUUCCUGAUGCCAGUGAAAGCAUGCGUAACAGAGAAUGAACUACAAUUUCAUUUUGAAAGCAAAUAUGGAUGCCUGGAAGUAAUUUGGGAUGAAAUGUUAUGAUUAGAAAUGGUCCUUCAUCCUCUUUUUAAAAACUUGACAAUUUGAGUCCCUGAGAAGAACUGGAGAACUUGAGGAAUUGGUUCUGUUGUGGAGGGUGGAUAGCACUGGCUGUGCUCCAACAACUCACCCGCAAGGCCGUGUUUUGUACCUGUGGCAAUGGUUGGUGGCCAUAAAAUGCCAUAGGAUAGCUAGUUCCUCAAUGUUAGGGAUAUGUAAACCAUUUAAUUUGGAAAAGUUUCAAGUACAAACUUUGGAAAAAAAAAACCUUCUGCAUGUGAAGCUACCAUUUCUAGUAUUUUUCUUCUUCUGUUAUAUUUAUUUUAUUUUAAUCACUAUAAUGUAAGUAACUUUCCUGCAAAGGUAGAAGUUGCAAACACCAUUUCUUCACAUGUUUACUGAG